UCUCACCUUGUUUAUUUAUCUGAUUUGUGUGUUUCACAUUUGGAUUUUGAGAAAAAUGUUAGGUUUUGGCUUGAACUUUGUUUGUCUCUAUUUUUCCCUGUUGUUUGGUUGGUGAGAAAAUAAUAAAGCCUCUGUUUUUUGUUGUUGUUGUUGUUGUUGUUGUUUAUAUGAUAUUAUUGUGCUUACCCAUUGCUGGUUUGCUUCAAUGGUUUGAAGUAUGCAAAAGGGUUUUACUCUAAAUAACCCAUGUUCCCACUGUCGAAUUUUCUGCUCUCUAUCUCUCUCUCUUUUUUGCUUGGUUCCUAAGAAACUAUAGGAAAAGUUUAAAUAAAAAUUUGAACUUGAUAAUUCUUUCUACAAUUAAUUCAGUGACUCAAGAGUUUGUUUGCUCUUUUCUUUCAUUUCCUCUGGUUUUGGAUUGCCCAGAAGUGGGAUUUGUGUUUUUUCUAUGAAUUGAGAUUGUGCAUGAUCAAUGUUGUUCUUUGUAUUUUAGUUUUAGUUCUGGGAUACUUUUAAAGUUUUAUGCUUGUUAACUUUUAUUUUUGUUCUGCAAUGCUUCUUUUGAAUGAUAUAUUAUGUAAUUGUUUAUGUUUCUCUAAUGUGUUAAUGUUUAUGUUGUAUGCACCAUAUAAUAAUUGUUUUUGGUUGUGUGUGUUCAUUUUUCCAGCCUUAUGAUUUUUACAUAAAAGAAUGGAAUUUAGCUUCUGGGUUGAAGUGUAGAAGGGUGAUUGUGGUGACAGGGUGCAAUAUGCUGUGAUUACUUACUGUUUAGUGUUUUUAAGGCCAUGGCUUGUCUAAAUGUGCAGUGGAAUGUCUUCUACCACUACUUAUGAGUCCACUUCUAGCGGCCAUAUGUGCAAUAUGGAUCGGUGUGUGGAAAGGACCUCCCUGUUUAUCCGUAAUUUCGGUAGGAGGUUCUAUGGAUGUCAGCAGUGGUCACCGGCAUGUAAGUUCUUCAAAUGGUUGGACAAGAACACAUGCCCACAUGGCCGUGCAACAGCACCACUUGUCCAUGAAAGGUUUACGAGAUAUAAGGCCGAGGCCGUAGCUACAAGAAAUGAAAGGGAUGAGGCUCAUACAAGGGAAGCAGAAGCACGGGAGCUCCUAAGGAUAGCAAAGCGCAAGGCUGAAAAAACUAAGCUCGCACUCCAAAUUGCUAAAGACAAGGUUUACAAGUAUAAGGUAGCUUUAUUUUUGUCUUGGACUAUACUCGGGGUUUAUUUUGUAUUCUCUAAUGUUUUUGGGGGCCAUGGCCAUACGCAACUGUGUCUGCCAUGACCCAUUGAUGGUCACGUGUGUAAUGUACAUUACUGAUCACAUGCCCUGUUUUGAGUUCCUAUAUAUUUUGCAAGAUGAUGUAACACACGCAUCCGUCUGUUAUGUACAUUACUGGUCACGUGUGUUAUGCAAUUUUUUUUUUUAUUUUUAUGGUGAACUACUUUUUCUUUUCUUUUUCUGAUAGUUUGAGGAGCUAGAUAUAACAUAUUAUGUACUUAUAAUACAUUUGUCAUUUCCACUACGUGAAACCUAGACAAUUUUAACCAGUUCUAGUUUUCUUUGGACGACGUACCAAAAAAUAUA